AUAAGGUUGAUAAGCAGGGGUUUCAUUCUAUUAGCCAAGGCUUUGGAUAAGAACAUUGCAGAGAGCAAUCGGUCUCAAGUCAGCCAUGGUUUUAGGGGUUUGGCUACUUUAGGGAUAAGAACAAUGUGUGCUUUGUUAACACCCAGGGGAAGGACUUUGGAUUGUCUAAAAUUCUCAUAGAACUCCACCACAUCACUUCCCACAAUAUCCCAGUAAUGCUGGAAAAAUUCCGAAAGAAGGUCGUCAGGCCCCGGCGAUUUUUCCGGCUUCAUCUCGAACAAGGCUUUCUUAAUUUCCUCAGAGAAUUGUUGAAGAAAGUAGAAUUCUGAUCACCACCUCUGAGCCAAAAUUCUUUAGCUCGCUGUCUCCAAUAAGUGUUUUUGGUGUUGGAUGGCUUUAAGAUGGUAGAACUGGGCCUCUUUGAACAAAGCACAGCCACGGUGGUCCAUCCUCCCCUUCAGAUUCUCCAUUCUCUUGCUCCAAAAACCGAUUCGUUUCCUGAAAUUCUUGGCGAAGGAUUCCCCCCAAGAAAAAAUGAUGUGUUGGAGGAGAGAGGAGAGAGAGGGAUGGGUUGUUCUGUUAUUCAGGGGAUUUUGUUAGGGUUUUAGGGGUCCGACCGUCCGUUCUGUCUCCGGCGCUGAACGAGUUGGAAGUUGUGAGAGGAGUCAACGGUUUCCUUGAGUGAUACAACUUCUUCUUGCAGCUCUCAGCUCAGGGCCAUAGAGAUUAACAAACACCUCACUAUCAAUGGAAUAAAUGCAAAUCCAGCAACUUGUUCUUAGCCGCGUUCCAAGAACCAUCAAACAACAGUAAAUACACACUCGAACAAAUGCAAUUCCAGCAACAUCUACCAUCGCCACUUCAACAGGAGUAAAUACUCCACCAACAAAAGUACACAGGUGUAAAAGCACCCACAAUAAACUGCUAAACAACCAAAAUAACUUGUCAAAGAGACAAGAUGAAGAAGCUUGUCAAGGAGACAAGAGUAAGAAACUCAGUAUAAAAUCAUUUUGAUAUUGUUACUUAUAAUAAACGUAAGUAUAAUUGCAUUUCUAAUAAAGUGGCCUGGGUAUUACACUUCCCUCGCAAAAUCGUUUAAGGCCAGGUCUCCUCAGAAAAACGCAGGAAUAGAUCGAGAUGGUGAAUGCUGAGUCCAAGCAAGAGUUUGCUGAGGAUGAAUCAUGUGAGGGAUUGCGAAACAGGGGAAACCAAGCUUUUAAGGCUGGCGAUGCAUCCGAAGCUGAGAACUUGUAUACUGAAGCCAUAGAUCACGGCAAUAAGACAUUGUCAGAUUGCUUUAGCAAGCGUGCCACCGUACGCGAGUCGCUUGGUAGGAAGAGGGAUGCCAUCAAUGAUUUAAAGUGCUCGAUUGCUUUGGACCUUAGCUUGAUCAGCGAAAAGUAUAGAGUUGCAGAGUGUUACCUUCUGCUGGGAGAAGUGGAAACAGCAAUGCAGUAUUACCAACGCUGCAUCAAAUCAGGGGAGGGCGUGUGCUUGGAUAGGGGAAUUGUAAUUAAAGCUUCAAAUGGUCUACAAAAGGCAGAGAAAGUGGCUGAGAGUUCGCAUAGGUCUGCUGAACUCUUAAAACAGCAAACUUGUGAUGCUGCAAGAAGUGCUCUAGAAAUUAUUGACGACGCAUUGUCGAUAAGCAGAUAUUCAGAAAAGUUACUUGAAAUGAAAGGAGAAUGUUUAUGCAAGUUGCAGAAGUAUGAUGAGGCAAUUAAGCUGUGUGAGCAGACUCUUGAUUUUGCUGAAAAGAACUUUGCUAAUGAUUCCGUAAGGCUGUGGAGAUGUCACAUUAUGUCAAAAUCCUACUACCAUCUUGGGAAGCUUGAGGAAGCUCUUGAUCUGAUCGAGAAGCAAAAGCAAGUAAUUUCUGUCAAUGAUGGAUCUGGAAGCAAAUCUCAGGAGUCAUUGAUUCCUUUAGAGACUACUAUACGUGAACUUUUAGCCCACAGGCAAGCAGGAAAUAAAGCUUUCCAAUCUGGAAAAUUUGCAGAAGGAUUGGAUCAUUAUAAUGCUGCUAUAUCAAAAAGUGUUGAAUCACAGCCUUUUGCAGCCAUCUGCUUCUGCAACCGUGCUGCAGCCCAUCAAGGUUUGGGACAGAUUAUUGAUGCCAUUGCUGAUUGCAAUGUAUCCAUGGCUCUAGACGAAAAUUACGCAAAGGCAACUUCAAGGAGGGCUACUUUGUAUGAGAUGAUUAGAGACUAUGUGGAUGCAGCUACUGAUCUUCAGAGGCUUAUAUCCCUACUAGAAAAUGAAGCACAAGGCAGUAGUUCGAAAGAAUUAAGAAAAGCUCGCGAACGCCUCUCCUCAGUUGAGGAGAAGGCAAAAAGUGAAAUUCCUUUGGAUCUUUAUCUCAUACUGGGAACUAAAUCAUCCGAUGAUGGAUCUGUCAUCAAGAAAGCAUACAAGAAAGCAGCCUUAAUAAAUCAUUCUGACAAGGUCGCUCAGCUUUUGAAAAGAAGUGUGAGAUUGAAUGAUCGGCAAUUGUGGAAGGAUAUCUGCGAGAAAGUUAAGAAGGACGCUGACAAUCUUUUCAAAAUGAUAGGAAAAGCAUAUGAUGUUCUCUCCGACACUGCCAAGCGCAAAGAGUACAAUCUUGAAGAAGAAACCAGGGGGGAGUGAUAUAGCCUUACUUUUAGAGAUAUGUCUUUGGCUUUUUGUUUAACAUGGAGGGAAGACCAAGAGACAGAUUACGGCUCCACUCAGGCUACGAGAUUAUGUUUAAUUUGCUGAUGAAGGUUGCAAUUAGUUAGACAUGCAUGCAGAUUUAUAUAUUUGACUAUUCUAUACUGCAAACCAUUUUUUCCAUUUCUGUUAUUAUUGUUGCCAAUAGUGCAAACAAGUAAUGACAAUUCAGGGAGUCGUUAUAUGUGCAUGCAGUAUAAAUUGUUGAUUUAAUCUCUUCUUUCUAAACUCUCA